GCUAUGGUGAUGGAUACACUCGUUUCCAGCUACUAGCCUAGCUUGCUAACAACAACGACUUUCUGUAGACAUAUGACUCAUUCAGACUCAAUGGAGGGGUCAAAUACGUACAUCAUACGGCCUAAUUAUCAGCAGAAGUUUAAACCGGCCAUUGUAAAGGAAUAUGUGCAUGAAAUCCUGAGGGAGAAGUUGUCCGGAGAGCUGUACGACCCAGAAAAUGUGGCAGAGCUGACCCGCUCACUGGCAGACUGCAUUAAGGACAAAGUCAAGACUGCAGGAUUUGAGAGAUACAAGCUAUUGGUGCAGGUGGUCAUUGGAGAGCAGCGUGGACAAGGAGUCCACAUGUCCUCCAGGUGUAUGUGGGACGCUGACACGGAUAACUAUGUAGAAGAUGUGUUCAUGAACGACAGCUUGUUCUGUGUGGUGGCAGUUUUUGGAAGCUAUUACUAUUGAGGACUGAAAUGUGGAUGAAGGAGACGUCUUUCAUAAGAGGGUGUGUGAGGUGAAGAUAAACGAAACAACUCACUGUCGGCAUGUCAGCUUCUGAAGUGCUGAUGCCUAUUUCAGAGAUAACCAUCACUUCUACUCUAAAGGCCAUUUGAACUAAUGCAUUGACUUCAGAAGGUAGUAAUGAGUAAAGAUGGUCAUUAAUGAUAAGGGCUUAUUAUAUGACUCAUAACAAUAGACAUUUUUCAAACAGUCCUACUUUCAGCUGUUAAUUCAUCUUUCCAUCUUUCCAGUCAUCUUUCCAAUCUUUAUCUUUGAUUUUACCAAAUAAAUUGCUCAAAAAGCUGCCAAUUUGAAGGGUUUGCAUAUAUUUCAAGACAUUGUUAUCAAGCAGAUCUGCUGCAAUAAUAAUUGGCAUGCAUUUAGCUCUGAUUUAAUAUGCUCCGUGUUUUGACUUUUAGCUGCAGAAAAACAACUGACAGAAUGAAUCAUAAUGAAUUACUAUGUAAUGAAGGCUUUGCACCCCUUGUCCUGGACUUAGCACUGACACUACAGUAGAGGUCAGUGUUAGUCUCCGAUUGUCAGCAUCCUUCAUUUGUCGUAUUCAUGGUAGAACUUACCUGAGCUGUCACGGGCCGAUUGACAGGGUCCAUAGCAACCUGACGGACGGUGCAUCACGUGGCUAACAGGGAAAGCAUGCGACCCUCCCAUUCUCACCUUUCAACGUUUCUACCGGAAUAUAUAUGUGAAGGUCAGCACAGCUGGUCUUAGUUGCACUGUGUUCUUACAAACUACUUUCUCUCCAUUUAACUAUGAAUUGUGUCCUUUGUAAAGACUUAUGAUUUCCUCAGUAGUAAACAAACAUCUGUAAAGGUUUGUGCUUUCCUGGUUUGUAUUUAAGAAAAACUGUUUUUACAGCAGGGAUAUGUUGCCUUUUUGAAUAAAAUCCUUGAUAUCUAUGUGUCCAUAUAAAUGAGUGUGAUAUACAACAAAAACUGAUCUGUUGAUGUUAAUCAUUAAUGUGUAUGCAAAUAGAUAAAAAUGCUUUCU